AUGGCUCAACAAGACCAGCAAGUGAUAAGAAGAAAGCUGGUCAUCAUCGGCGACGGUGCCUGCGGCAAGACCAGCUUGCUUUCAGUCUUCACAUUAGGCUACUUUCCUACACGAUAUGUACCAACAGUCUUCGAGAACUACGUCACGGAUUGCCGAGUGGACGGCAAGUCAGUACAGCUUGCGCUGUGGGAUACAGCAGGUCAAGAAGAUUACGAGCGCCUACGGCCCUUAGCAUACAGCCAAGCACAUGUCAUUCUCAUCGCAUUCUCCGUGUCGAGUCCCGACUCGUUACACAACAUCACAACCAAAUGGCACCCGGAAGUCCUAGAACGAUGUCCAGGCGUCCCCAUAAUCCUUGUCGGCUUGAAGAAGGAUCUACGUGACGACCCGGUGGCACAGGAAGAAAUGCGCAAAAAGAGCGAGAAGUUCCUUACGUAUGAAGAAGGCGAGGACGUGCGGAGAAGGAUUGGCGCGAAGAAGUACCUUGAGUGCUCUUCGCUAACCGGCGAGGGUGUCGACGAUGUCUUCGAGGCGGCUACACGGCAAAGCUUGCUAAGUGGCGACCGGAAAGGGGACAAGGGAGGGUCGGAAGCGCAUGAUGUUUCUCUAUUAGCGGCGAUGGCGCAGCGGGCGUCUUGCACGUACUCGGUGUGGAGUUCGACGGCGCUAGUGUAUACGGAAGGCGUCAAGCAUUGUGAGGAGUUUGACGGUAGUGCUGUUCGGAACAUCCAGUCGGAGAAGGACGGUAGCCAGCCAAGGGAACGAAUGAGCAAUGUGUUUCGACAGCAUUAUGUAUUGGGACAUGCCUCGAACGAGAUGACGACGGUGCAUGCCGGUUUGAAGCGCUCCUUCGACCACUUUAGCGACGUCGACGGACGAAAGUCGACGCCUGCAUCACAUUCCUCCCACGAGACAACGCCGACUUCACGCCAACUUCUUGAGAACAAUCAAGCAAUCAAUGCGACGAAGGUUUGCGAUGUAUCAACUCAGGACUGGACCCAACUCCCACGUCAUGUGGACUUUAGCGGAAACGCGUCCAUCGUCCUAAUCGGCGUGCGAGGCGUCGGGAAAAGUUCCCUUGGAGUGCUUGCCGCUACUGCCUACGGUCGCCGCCUUGUGGAGACCGAGAAAGUCUUCGCAGAGGCUACUGGGACCAAUCCACAAGCUUUCCGGAAAUUGCACGGUGUCUCUGAAUACCGCAGACGGCACCGCGAAGUGCUCAAUCAUACGCUGAAGGUGUACGACCAAGGCGCUGUAAUCGUAUGCAGCUUCCUUGAUCUCGAAGAUCACGGAGCUGUUCUGCUACGCGACUAUGCGAAGAACCAUCCCGUUGUUCAUAUCACGAGGGACGUUGCUGGGAUCCAGGCUUAUCUACAGGUCUGGAGCUUUGAGCACGUGCAACAACUACUUCAAUCGAGUGGACCUCUAUUACGAUCAUGCGCGAACUUCGAGUACUUCAAUCUCUCUCAUAUUAACGCCUCGCCUGAACUAUAUGGCGGUGACAGCAAGGUGAAGCCAAGCGGGCUGUUCCUGACAUUGAAAAGCGCCGAACGGGACUUUCUUCGCUUCCUUAGGAGCGUGAUCGGAGAGUAUAAACACGCAGCAUCGCAUUGGACAUUGUACCCACUCUCUCAGAUUCCGCUGCACGAGCGAGCAUACACGCUCUGCUCGCAGGUCACUGUCAGCGAUGUCCUGGAUGAAGACGUCGAUCUGGACGAGGUGGUCGUAGGCGCUGAUGCCGUGGAACUGCUCGUUGGAUCGAGCUACAGCAAAGGACACAGCCUGGCCGAACUGGAUGCACUGAGGGUAGCCGAAGCAUUCGCAAGGCUUCGACAAGCGUCCAUUCUGCCUAUAGUUCUGACCGUCAUUGAUAUGAACGGGCCGCUGCAUAGCCCUGUGACUGCCCUUGUGCACUACUCCUUCCGGUUAGCGCCCGACUAUUGCACUAUACCAGUAGAGUGCGACGGCCAAAAGAUCCGCUCUCUAAUCAGCAGUAAGGGGCAAACGAAAGUCAUAGUAAGCGCGCAAAUUGAACCCUUACCAGAGGGCGGGUGGAGCGACCGAGCUGCUUCCGCGUUUCAGAGCCGUAUUGCUGGGCUUGGUGCUGAUAUUGCCAAGGUUACCAUGUCCGCUCGGAGUGUGACGGACUGCUGGGCGGUAAACACUUUCAGGGAGAAGGCAAGCUUGAGCAGCACGAAGACAAAGCUCAUGGUCUAUUUGACCCACAAGGAGGGAAGGCUAUCGAGAUGCUUCAACCCGAUCAUGACGCCAAUCAAGCCAGCGUCGAGCCGCUUCAAGCGUACUGGCCGAGAAGACGACACGCUGACGGUCAGGGACGUGCUUACUGUCUUCUUUGCGUCUGGCCUCUACAGCCCGUUGCACUUCAUGAUCUACGGCGCAAGUGUCAGCUUCUCCCUGUCUCCGGCGAUGUUCAAUGCUGCGUUUGCGGCCUACGGAAUGACGCAUCAGUACGGUACGCACUCGUCGCCCACUCUGGACGAUUUCGAAAAGCUGUCAAAAGAGCACCGCUUCGGUGGCGCAGCUGUAGUGCAACCCUACAAGACUGGCAUAGUCCCUUUAAUGGACGGCUUGAGCUCACAUGCGAAGGCGAUCGGCGCUGUCAACACAAUCAUACCAGUGCGGCAGCUUAACGAAGAUGGCUCGAUUCCAGACCAAGCUUCUUUGCUGCAGCAGAUGAAUCGAAGCGGACCCGUGAAGGCGCUUUACGGAGAGAACACGGACUGGAUCGGCAUUCGUGUCUGCCUCAGACGAGGUCUUUCCCACGCGAACAGUGUUCGACCGCAGACCACAGCUUUGGUGUGCGGCGCCGGUGGGCAUGCUCGCAACAGCAUCUACGCCAUGCUCUCGUGCGGCGUGCGGAAUAUCUUCAUCUGCAACCGGACAUUGAGUCGAGCACACGCGCUUGCUGAUCAUUACAAUCAGCUCCUGGAAGAACAAAGCAUGGCUGGCCUAGAUCCUGAAGACGCCCCGCAUAGCCGUGUCAGGGUAAUCGAAAGCUUCACAAGCACUUGGCCCAAAAACUUUCGCCAACCUUCUAUGAUCGUGUCCAGCAUACCGACUCAGCUUUCAGACGGAUCUCCAAUCGACUUUGCACUGCCAGAUGCUUGGCUGAGGAGUCCUACAGGUGGCGUAGUGAUUGAGCUUGCCUACCAUCCGAUGGUCACGCCCAUUGUACGUCAGAUGCGAGCUCUCGCGCGUAGAGGCUGGAUCUUUAUGGAUGGAUUCGAUGUAUUGCCGGAGCAAGCAUUCUCACAGUUUGAGUUUCUGACUGGUCGGAGGGCUCCCCAAAAACUGAUGAGACAGCAGGUGAUCAACCGUUACCGGCAGGAACAGGAGAGCUUGGCCGCGUCAGUCAACAUGGAUCCAAAUCCGCCUGCCACUUGA